UGUUCUGCGCAUGCUCGCAGCCACGUUCACUCACUCUGCUCACAAUCAGGCGUCAUGGCGGAUGUACUGGAUCUUCAUGAAGCGGGAGGUGAAGACUUUCCUAUGGACGAGGAUGGCGACGAGAGCAUUCACAAGUUAAAAGAGAAAGCCAAGAAGAGGAAGGGUCGUGGGUUUGGAUCAGAGGAGGGAGCGAGAUCUAGAGUCAGAGAGGACUAUGACACAGUAGAACAGGAUGGAGAUGAGCCUGGGCCACAGAGAUCUGUUGAAGGAUGGAUUCUGUUUGUGACUGGUGUGCAUGAAGAGGCGACGGAAGAGGAUGUCCACGAUAAGUUUGCGGAGUAUGGAGAGAUUAAAAACGUGCAUUUAAAUUUGGACAGAAGAACUGGUUACCUUAAGGGCUAUGCACUGGUGGAGUACGAGACCUACAAAGAAGCCCAGGCAGCAAUGGAAGGGCUGAAUGGCCAGGACCUUAUGGGGCAACCAAUCAGCGUUGACUGGUGCUUUGUAAGAGGACCCCCUAAGAGCAAGAGGAGGGGUGGAAGAAGACGCAGCAGGAGCCCUGACAGGCGGCGACGUUGAUUUUUCAAGUUUUUGACUCCAGUGUCUGUUUCCCAGCCAGAGUGGCAUUGUUUUUCAAGAUAGUUCGGAGUCAGAUUGGAGUGGCGUGUGUCUCUUUAAAUUGAGGAUUUUAGUGUUUUUGAGUGGGGGGGGUUGUCUUAAUUGUUAGUUAUUCACAACUUUCUGUAGGUCUUUUGUUAAAGAAUGACAGAGGCUGCUGAAGCAUACAUGUGUUGAAGCUGUCGGUAUUUCCACCACGGUUUUAUUUACUUAAAGCAGUACACUUUAAAAUGUAUGUAGACAUGUAAUUCACUCUUUGAAGCCUGUUAUGAGUAGCGAUUUGUAUAUUUCCAAUAAAUUAAUUUGGUUUGAAA